CCCUUCAACACUGUCUUCAUAUGGCCACAGAACAUAAUUAUGUGGUCUGGACAGAGUUGGAUAAUGACGGGCACUUGAGCAGACUUUUAAUUGCAAAUCCUACUUCAAUCCAAAUGAUACGUACGUGGCCGUAUGUUGUGCUGAUAGAUACAACGUACAAAACGAACAAACCAAAGUGGCCACUAUGUGAAGUGAUCGGAAUGACGCCAACAAAUCACAACUUCUUGGUUGCGUUUUGUUUGAUGCGAGAUGAGGCGGCUGUGUCGUACUCGUGGGUGCUGCAGGGAUUGAGAGAUAUUUUCGGCACUGCUCAGACUCCUAGCGUCAUUGUAACCGAUCGUGACGAAGGUUUAUCUGCAGCUAUUCGUGACGUCUUCCCAGAUGUACGUCAUUUGUUAUGCACCUGGCAUAUUGGCAACGAUGUUGAGAACAUGGUGGACAAGUUGUGCGGCGGUAAGAAAAAUCAACAAGGGCAGUUAUUCAGGAAAAGUAGAUGGAACCCCUUGGUUGAAAGUGCUACAAUCCGGGAAUAUGAAAAGAGAUGGGAAGGGAUCGUCAGUACGUGGUCGGUUAGGAACCGAAGGGUCGUUCGGUAUUUGACUGGAACAUGGAUUCCACUUAGAGAGAAAUUUGUGCGUGCGUGGACGAAUGAUUGUUUACACUUGGGUAACCAUACUACCAGCAGAGUGGAAAGCCAACACUCGUCUUUUAAGUAUUACCUUGGUAGCGGUAAUAGCUCAUUCGAUACCCUUUUCAAAAGGGCGCACGCACAGAUUACAAAUCAACAAGCUAAAAUCCGACAAUCGCUACAGGAAUCCAUGACUUCUGUACCAAGAACGCUACGACAGUAUUUCUUUAGACCUCUAUAUCGCCACGUGUCUCUCUAUGCCUUGGAGCAGAUCCAGAAUGAGUUUAACCGCAUGUUAGAACUAGUCCUUAAAUCUGAUCCCGCUUUUGUUCGCCGAAUGGCUGAGGUACUUGAUUAUGAAUUACACCUAGAUGGUGCGGAUAUACCUGAGCCUUACUCUCUGUCAUUGAGUCCAGAACCUUGCGGAACUCCAUCAACCUGUCCAGCUCACGACCUACUUUCUUCGGCGUUCACAUCUCCGCCCUAG